AGCUACUCUCGGAGUACCGCAGCACAUACAGAUGGCACCAGUACCGAGAGCAGCAGGGCGUGCUGAAGCAGCCGGCAGCCAGCCCGCCCUCCGCGCUGCCCAUCCCACGGGGUCCCAUGGAGCCGGCGAUGCCCCGUCGCAAGAAGUACCCGGGCGUGGCCUACCAGACCAACCAACUCUUCGAUCCGGCCCCUGCUGAUGACAUACGGCCACAGACCUCCGCCGACCGAGCGCGGAGCGCUCAGAGGAACGAGACGGACCGCGCCGGACGGCGCAGCAAGUCCGAGGGACCGCGGCAGCCGCGAUGGACCGACACCGUCGAACCGAAGGGUACGAGCGCGGCAUUAGGCGAGCCAAUGGCUCCGAAGCCGGAGCUGGUGAGCACGGAGUACCGCAACCAGUUCGCGUGGCCCAAGGAGACGGAUGCGCCUCGCAAGAGCAUCUCCAUGGGGGCACUCAAGAAGGCUGCGGUGGCUGAAGGUCACGUAGAAGCCGAGCCGCUGAUGAACCACGCGGACGAGCACGACGGCCGCUACAUCGAGGACUACCUCUGGAACGGACAGAAGCCCGGUGUGCAGAGAAAAUCGACGUUCCGUAGUGCGCUAUCGGCCUUCAUAUCCAACGGGGAGGAUCGUUCCAAAGAUAAUAGGAAACGUUACAAAAGCGAGUACAAAAAGAAAUUUAGACCGUUCUCUCAGUACGUGUACGAGGCGUCUAAAGGGACGUUUACGAAAUGCAGGGGGAAAGGGAAGGUUGACGAGGCCAGCGAGAGGAUGUUGAGGGAGCCCGAGGUGGCGAAGGGGGCGGGGGCGGGGGGUGGUGCGGGGCCCCCCGCGGCCGCCGAGGACAGCGCCACCACGCUGCGCGCCGCCGGCCUGCAGCCGCUCGGCCUGGCGCAGGGCGACUCCUGGUACCGCGAGGUGCUGGACCUCCGCAAGCGCGCCGGCGAGUACAAGUACCGCGGAUGGGGGACCGAGCUGGCUCCAGAACACAUCACACAGCUAUACAAUAAGCAAAUCGAGCUCUGGUACCAGGUUUCCCGCCGGUCCUCCCUAUCGGCCCUAUCACUCGCUUCCACCAAUCACAAGGCUUUGCCACGAGACGAGAAAGACGGCAAGGACUCAAAGAACCACUCGCCAAAGAAGUACCGCUCGUUCCGCUCAGCUCCGCACCAGUCCAUCCACGCCAAGUUGCAGGAGACGAAGGCGCAGGAGCGCUCGCCUCAUAAGACCUCGCCGCAGAAACAGAGGAAAAAGAUGCAGGGGCACAGCUUCGAUGAGGGGGCUGCCCAGGAUGGGCCGGCUGCGGGCGAGCCGCGCGAGUUCCGCUCGCCGCGCCGGCGCCCGCGCUCGGCCGACCCCGCGCCGGCGCCCGCGCCCGCGCCCGCGCAUGCGCACGCCGCGCCGGCGCGCCCCGGCGCCGUCACCAACGGACACGACGCGCCGCGCCCGGUCAAGCCUACUGGUUUGCCGUUGAGUAGAGGGGCUAGUAGUAGAGUUAGGUCUUCGAGGGGCGGACGGUCGCCGUCGGCGCCGGCUAAGCCGGUCAAUGGGGUCACAGUGGGGGUCAAUGGGGUCAAUGGGGCCACAGGAACGCCGGGCCGGGGCCGCCGCAGUCGGAGCAUUUCGAAAGUGGGCAUAAAAUUGGACGACGACAUUCCCGCGCACCGCAGCGCGUCCGUCGCCAAGGAUCACUUCUUCGACGACUCACCCGUGGUCAAGUCCCCGCCGGAGCCCACCCGGGUGAAGUCUCCCGAGCAGAUGAACAUGCGGUCGCCGGAUCCGGUCAACUGGACCGUACCCCUCGACACCGGGAAGACAUUUACGGUCACUCAGAACGUGAAGAGCGAUGAGACCGUAAAGCGCCCUAGCUCAGAGUUUAAGGGCGCGUCGGUGGCAGAAGACGGACCCAAGCCCCAAGAAAUCGCUCCAAUCCACCACCAGCAGAUGUCGCCCAUUCGCUCGCUGAAGAAGAGCGACUCACCGAAUAGCCUCAGCAAGCGCACCGACAAAACCCCCACCACCCCCGUCAGCCUCACCCCCAUCGACGAAACUAAAGCCCUCGAUAUGAACAAACUGAAUGGAGUCAACGGGGUCAACGGAGUCAACGGGGUUAAUAGCAAUCAACUGACACCCGAAACUCCCGUUCAGGACUUUAAAGAAGUCGUCAAGAAGUCGACUGAAGCGACUCAAGUCGCUCCGGGAGUGGUCGACACCACUGUAGUGAACGACGGGCCGACGGAUGGACUGACCGCCGCCGAGGUGCUAGACAGGGCCCGCACGAGAUUCGACAAGUUCUGGGGAAAGAAAGAGGAAGACAACGUGUAGAUGAUCAUGAGUUGUUCGAGUUCAAUAUUGGAUUUGGAAGGGUAUUUUAACUUUGACGGCUUUGAAGACCAGUUCUGGUUGGUCGAGUCAUUUUAUUGGGCUGAUUAGUAAUGCAACAGUACCUUAUGCUUCCCUGUGAUUUGUAUAUUACAAGAUAUUCUCGGCAAGGCUAAGGGCCAAACUGAUC